AUCACUCGUUCAUUUUCCCGGUAACAAGAAACUUUAAAAUCAGCAAGGAACGUUAUGAUGGUUGUUACAAUGCAGAAAUCAGUGCAAUUUAUAGUGGUUGGUGAUGGUUUUGUUGGCAAAUCAAGUCUGAUUAAGAAAUUUGUCAAUGGACAAUUUAACCAGGAAUAUGUCGCUACCCUUAAGGACGAUUACACCACGAAAUUGUCCGCAAACGGGGAUACUUACAACGUGAACGUCUUAGAUAUUGCUGGAGAGCAUGAAGACUUAUCUUCUCUAACAACACCAGAUACCUACAUUGUUUGCUUCAGCCUCGUUGAUGAUGACUCCAUGGACAGUGUGCUCAAUUUCUGGGUUCCAAAAAUCAAAGCACUUGGAAAGCACGUCCCUAUCGUCCUUGUUGGUACACAAGGAGACCUAAAAAAGAAUGGACAUUCUGGACACAUUUCUACCACUGAAGGCCUUACUCUGGCCAGAACAAUUGGUGCCGAUGUUUAUGUAGAAUGCUCCGCAAAAUCCGGGUCUGGUGUGCAGGAAACUUUUCAUAGUGCCGUAAUGGCGAGUAUCAGACACAACAAAAGGAAGGUCAACAUUCUCAAAAGAGUUCUGGGUCGCUGAAAUGAUGACUAUCAUUGACUUAUAAUAAAGUGGUUCGUGCACCACUAAUGAAUAAACUCCUCGUAAGAACGUCAAGUCUUCCAGGUUGUGGAUAUGGUCAGCGUUCGAGGCCCUAGAAGAACAAUCUGCUGCACGUCUCUCUAGAUCCUCCUUCUGUGCUUACACCAGAAUAGACUCUGUAGCAGUUAAGUCUAUCAAUUCAGCACUAAGUAGUGAGAGACUAAGCGUAAUAAAGAGAAAACAUUACAAUGAUUAUAUUGUAAUUGGAUGAAAUGACAUUCAUGCAAUGCUUUAAUGUUUCAUUUUAUUAUGUUCAUAUACAUGUAGCUUAUGCUUGUUAUUGAAUAAAACUGUAUAAUGAGCAAGA